UGAUGAAUUGUGCSAGAAUACUUUCUGUCGUCUGCAUUGUCUCCCAUCAGGCGAUGGCACUGGCAUUUCUACCGGUACCCUCGAAGGUUCCUGGGUACCGAAUGCCUUUCAGUUUGUUUGGAAGCAUUGCCGAGAGGGUACUUGAAACUCCGAAAUGGCCCGAAGAAUGGCCUUACAGCCCCGCGGACUUUUCUCGUCAGGAUGAGAGCAACGAUGGAAUCUUUUACGAUUCCCCAAGACUUUGCUACCAUAUCGACGACGCUGCUGUCUCAGCUCUGACACAAUACUACUCCGAAAAUUUCAAGGAAGGCGAAGACGUCCUUGAUAUUUGCAGUUCGUGGGUUUCUCRCUAUCCGAAAGACUUUAAGGGUGGGAAAGUUGUUGGUCUCGGAAUGAAUGAGUACGAGCUCAGCCAAAACCCUCAACUUACAGAUUUCGUUGUGAAAGAUCUAAAUGAGGAGGCUAAAUUACCUUUCGAGGACGCUUCCUUUGAUAAAGUGACGAUUGUUGUGAGCGUGGACUACCUAAACAAGCCCAAAGAAAUCUUCGAAGAAAUCGGUAGAGUUCUUCGUCCUGGAGGAGAAUGUUUAAUUUCGAUGAGUAACAGAUGUUUCCCAACUAAGGCAUUCCGGGUGAGCACCUGUACUUCUUUAAUCUUUUUUUCAAGGCAUCACCCAACCCCAACAAAGUUUUUUAGCUGACUCACAACCGAGAUUGAUUCUUUCCUCCUAAUGAUUUCCUUUGACAGAUCUGGCUUCAAACCAACGACCUUGAGCAUAUUUUUAUCACAGGCAGCUUUUUCCAUUACUCUGGUCUAUUCGAUCCUCCAAGCUGUUCAGAUAUCUCACCCAACCCCGGACGGAGUGACCCUCUCUACGUAGUGAAGGGCACCCGUAAGGCUUAAGUCUUCUUUUCGCACUCCUUGCGUCUCCUAUAAUGAAUUUAUUGAAUUAUC